GUGUAUCGACAUAUUGGUGUAACAAAAAAAUACCAACGUACACGCGCAUGCGCGUACAACGUUUUUCAAAUGUUCAAUUUUUAAAGGACAAUAACGUUUUUGUUUUUCAUCAAAUUCUAUUGAUAUUAGUGGUUUAGAUGUGUCUUGGUACUCCUUAUAAAUUGCUGUGGUUAGAAUUACUGCUCAGCACGUGCAUGCACGUGUGCUGAAUUCUGAUUGGACGAUUUUAAAAUCGCUAUAACUUCCUUAUAUUUGGUGGAAACGUUAUGAAAUUCAUACUGUGGGUAUAUGAUACAAAUGCCUGUUGAACGACAUCAACAAAAAUUCGGAAUCAUACACGCGUGCGCGUGUAUGCACGUGCAACGCUUUCUUUCAUUUCUUGGUACUGAAAUGACCAUAUUGAACGUACUACAUGUAAUUAAAGGCUAAAAUAAAAUGAUUUUUUCCUAUAGAUUCACAAGGACAUCACUUUUUAAUUGGGGGAGGUUUGGGGAACAUCUGUAACGGUCCCCGUUACAAUUAGAACUAGUUAUUGAUGUUAUUGUCGUUUAUACAGCCAAGAGAGGACCCUAAGUUUCACUGAGAACUUGGCAGUGUGGAUCGGUGUAAUGGAGAAGCUGGCACCGUGUCCCGGGACAGAGGAAAUGUACUCCAUGGCUGUGGAGAUGGGAAUUCUAUCAAUGACAAUUAUAGUUUGUACCGCCUUACCAGCAGUAUUAAAAGCAACUAAAUCCUCCAUCACCAGCUUCAUUUUCAUCCUAAAGAAAGGUCUUUCGCAGAUGAAAGAGUUCAUCCAAUAUCGGAAGAACACCGCCAAUGAUGUCUCUGAGGAAAAGCGUCCUCGGCAUAUCAACUAUUAUGUUUUCCGAAAUGCCUACAAGCAAAGAAAGCUUGUAAUGCUCAUGAGACAAGAAGAUUUGGAUGAAGAAAUUUUGCUAUACAACCCGAAUACAAGAACGGUGAAACGGAUAGCCUAAUGUACCUCUGGAAAUGCUAAGGGGAG